UCCUCACUCUCUGCUCCGGCUCCUGCCCUCGCCGCUGCCACCCGGAUCGGUGCCGCCGCCGCCGCCGCCUCCUCCAGCUUCUCCUCCGCCGCCUGGAAGCCUCCUUCUGGGCCGUGGAGGAGAGAAGUGCGAUGUCAGGAAAGUUCCGGGAGGCACUGCACGGGGCCAUGCUCCCCGCUCUCUUCCGUCGGCGCCCGCGCGCUGCCCUUUGUAUGAGGCAAAAGGACUCCUGUGGAAGAUGGAACUCCUUAUCCAUUUUCCAGAAUGUGUUUCCAAGCCUGUCAGUGGAACCUGAAACUGCCAUUCUGUUUUGAAAUGCUUGAAGAACCCCCACAUCUCUGCGUGUACCUUCCAUCCUGAAGCCAUGGUCUUCUCGGCAGUGUUGACCGCAUCCCACACUGGGACAUCGAACACGACGUUUGUGGUCUAUGAAAACACCUACAUGAAUAUCACAAUCCCUCCGCCAUUCCAGCACCCCAGCAUCAGUCCACUGUUUAGAUACAGUUUUGAAACCGUGGCUCCCACUGGUUUGAGCUCCUUGACAGUGAAUAGCACGGCUGUGCCCCCAACACCAGCAGUUUUUAAGAGCCUCAGCUUGCCUCUCCAGAUCAUCCUUUCUGCUAUAAUGAUAUUUAUUCUCUUUGUGUCUUUUCUUGGGAACUUGGUUGUUUGCCUUAUGGUUUACCAAAAAUCUGCUAUGCGAUCUGCAAUUAAUAUCCUCCUUGCCAGCCUGGCUUUUGCAGACAUGUUGCUUGCAGUGCUAAACAUGCCCUUUGCCCUGAUAACUAUUCUUACUACCAGAUGGAUUUUUGGGAAGUUCUUCUGUAGGGUGUCUGCUAUGUUUUUCUGGUUGUUUGUGAUAGAGGGAGUAGCCAUCCUGCUCAUCAUUAGCAUCGACAGAUUUCUUAUUAUAGUCCAGAGGCAGGAUAAGCUAAAUCCAUAUAGGGCUAAGGUUCUGAUUGCAGUUUCUUGGGCAACUUCCUUUUGUGUAGCUUUUCCUUUGGCUGUAGGAAAUCCUGAUCUGCAGAUACCUUCCCGAGCCCCCCAGUGUGUGUUUGGGUACACAACUGAUGCAGGUUACCAGGCUUAUGUGGUUUUGAUUUCUCUCAUUUCUUUCUUUAUACCUUUCUUGGUUAUACUGUAUUCGUUUAUGGGCAUACUCAACACCCUUCGGCACAAUGCCUUGAGGAUCCACAGCUACCCUGAAGGGAUAUGCCUCAGCCAAGCCAGCAAACUGGGUCUCAUGAGUCUACAGAGACCCUUCCAGAUGAGCAUUGACAUGGGCUUUAAGACACGUGCCUUCACCACCAUUUUGAUUCUCUUUGCUGUCUUCAUUGUCUGCUGGGCCCCGUUCACCACUUACAGCCUUGUGGCAACGUUCAGUGAGCACUUUUACCAUAAACACAACUUUUUUGAGAUUAGCACUUGGCUGCUCUGGCUCUGCUACCUCAAGUCGGCAUUGAACCCACUGAUCUACUACUGGAGGAUAAAGAAAUUCCAUGACGCCUGCCUGGAUAUGAUGCCCAAGUCCUUCAAAUUUUUGCCGCGACUCCCUGGUCACACAAAGAGAAGAAUACGCCCUAGUGCUGUCUACGUGUGUGGGGAACAUCGGACGGUGGUGUGAAUAUUGGAACUAAUUGACAUUUGGGGUGAUGGUUGUUCUUAAUUGACUUUUAGUUUUCUUCCACAUGGCUCUCCACUUAUAUUGUUUCUAAUAGAGUGUGUAUGUGUGUGUGUGCAUGGGCAAUGUAAAAAAUGGUGAUUAGUUACAAUUCUGUUAACAAUACACAAUAAGAAAGUGAUCACAAAUGUUACCUCCAAGAUUCAAGAGAAAUCCUUGCUUUAGAUUGGCGAGAUGGGUUUUUGUUAUUUGAUUGAUUUUGGUUUUGUAGUAAGAAUCAGGAUUGUGCUUUAUUGAGCCUGCAGUUACAUUGACUUGUAGGUGUUUUGUAUGCUGCUAAAAUUAUGCUUAGUUGAAUUAUCAAUUCUUUUCUGGAAGACAUUGCUGCUUUUGCCAUCACAUUGGAGCCAAACCCCUCAUCUGUCUCAGUUGAUAAAUAGUUUCAUUUUACAAAAUAACCCAAGGAGGUUUGUGACAUUUUAAAGGACAUUAUUAUUUACUUUGGUGCACUUUAAGAAAUGAUGUAUAAAUUCAGUCAUUUUUCAGAAUUGUUUUUAUACAUGACAUACUGUGCUUCAGGAAACAUGUGAAUUAGCAUUUCUAGGAAGAUAGUUUUUAAAAACAUUUCAUUUAUGUGUAUAGUUUUAAAGGAGAGAACAUAGAAAUAUAGAAAAUUUUCUGAGCACAAUAGUGACUUUUCAGAGCAACAGGUCAAAAUUGAGGAGACAGGGAAGCCUUGAAAAUUUAAAAGGCAAACGCAGCCAAGGGGUGAUCAGGCCAGGGUGAUUCCUCUUUCUUCAGGAUUUUUUUGCCAAGAGUAGUAGAGAGAAGGAGACACUGCUACCACUGAUGGACACCUACCAUGUGCCAGGCACUGUAUGUUAUAUUGUCCUCAUGGCAUCCUGUGAGGUAGGAAUUAUUUUUUCUAUUUAAAGAUGAAGAAAGUAAAUCUCAGAGGGACUAAAAUCUUGCUCAAGAUUAACAGUGGAGCUGAAACUCUCUUGGAAUUCUGAGACUGUACUGUUGCACUGUGUCACAAAGACACUCAUUCAGUUUAGCUGUGUAUCCUUUAAUUUCUUUAGACUAAAAUCAUAUUUUUACCAUCUCUUAAAGUCUGGAAAAUAGAAAAGAAAAAUCACUAAUAUCAUGUAAAGUAGAACUUUAAAAUCUUAGAUAAAUAAGACUAUAAAGGUAAUCAGGUUUAUUUAUUUUUUUUAAUUUGCAAAACACGUGUCUGACAAUUACCGAGAACUUAACCAUAACUGUAUGCAGAUCUUGCCCUCAUGGAUUUGGAGGUCUCCAGCUGUCCAGCUGUGUAGGUUCUAAAUGUUCUGGGCAGAACAACAUUGCUGCCCUCAGUGCCUGCUCUAACAGAGCUGGAGUCUGUGAAUGUGCUCAAGAGGUGUGUCUCUUACAGGAAGGGAAGAUAAAGCCUGGUUUGAGCCCACAGCAGGUUUUAAUAGGGCAGGUCUAGGACUUCAAACUACUUUUCUCUUGCUGACUAUCUGCACCUCAGGUAUAUCCAGGGUGUUUAGUCAGCUUUUCUCUGUCACCACUGGUACAGGGAUGGGGCUGCAGAUGUAGGCCAGAUGGCCAGAGAGUAUUGUCUUGGCUACAGCAUGGGCCAAAUAGGCAAGCAAAAUCAUGGAUUAAUAACAUCUAUUGAAGAUUUUAAUGCUGUGAGCCAAUGGAAAUAACAAGCCUUUGCUUCUCCUAUUGUAAAACCAGAAAGUUGGAUUAGAUGGAUCUCCAAGGUCCUGAACAACUCUAAUGUGCUUUCCUCCAUUUGAGAGUUCAGAUUUUUGAAGCACUCAGCUGUCAUCAUCAAUCUUUGGUCUCCAGUAUUACUACUUUACAUUUUAGUUCAUUAGGUUUUUUUUUUUUUUUUUUUUUUUUUUUUUUUUUUUUUUUUUAAUGAAUAUCUGAAGAGUGGAAAGUUCAUGGCAAGUAUCAAGAAAGUUUGGUGAUACAUGAAAGGCCUAGGAAACUGCUCUUAAGGCAAUUGCAAGUAUAUUGGAACUCAAGCAUACUGCUCAACUUGCUGUUGAUGAUCGUCACCUACCUCUUUAAUUUCCAAUUUAUAUUAUUCACAGGUAAAAUUGCUUUUGUACAUAGGGAUCUUAUAGGAAUAAACACUAUUGUAGGUACUAGUGGCAUGUUAAGGUGUGUUUUGCUUUCCAUUGUCAAUAUAAACUGGAUUUCAAGCAGAUAGUAAUAAGGAUAUUUGAGAUUAGACUUUCUCUGAAGAGAGUCAGCAUGAUCUGUAAUUCAUCUUACUUUUUGGUAGGUCUUGACUUCUUUUGUGCUUGGAUUUGAAACUGAGUUUUGUUUCUUCUUCUCUUGUUUGCUGGAUGCUACUACUUUGCUGCUGCUGAUAGGCAGUGCCUCACUUGGUGAGCACUCCCAAGUGCUUGCUGAAUUCUCAGUGCUUGUGAAAGAAGACUAGCAAGGGCUUUUGUGAGAAUUCAGCAACAACACUAUACACUGGAUGAUCUUGGUGACAGUUUACAAAUCAUUUUGGACGUUUUUAUUAUAUAUACACUUUGAAAACUUUUAAAACAAAGCACUACAGUGCACCUUCAAGAAAUUUAGGUGCAAAAUUGCUUGUUGCCUAUUUCUCCAUAUUUUCUUGAUGGAAAAUAAAUACCACUACUAAUUAUCACUGCUGAGUGAUAAUCAGAAAUUUGCUGUUGUUUUUUGCUUUUCCUUCUGGAUAAUAAGUAAGAAGCAUGAUAGAGACAUAUAUUUGUGGUUUAAAAAAAAGAAGGCUAGAGAAGUUCCAAACAGUCUGGAAUAGAGGUACUUAAACUUUAAUGUGUUUAAGUGUCUCCAGGAGAGUUUGUUAACAGUACACAUCCCUGGUCCCUCAGAUGGUCUGCAUUUGGGGUGCUCCACCUGAUUCUGAUUCAGGUAUUCCCUUGAGCACACUUCAAGAAACAUGCUUGUAGAAAAUGUAUUCGUUUAAAUAUUGUCUGUUUUAUCCCACAACAUGUGUUUUGUGUCAGAAAGCCAUUAUCUCGUAGUGCAUGAGUAAUCCAUGUUGAAAGGAACAUCCACAUAUCUUUGUGCCUUUUGGCUGCCACAUAUGAGUGCUGGGUCUUGCCAGUGUUAGCUUUACUUUCUUUCAGCUGGCAAAAUUCUGAUGAACUAUACAGUUUCACAGUGGAGCAAAAAAGGCGUCUUCAUAAUUGAAAGUCAUGACUUCUGAGAGUCUAAUCACUCUAGUAUUUUUUUUUUUCUCUUAGAGAUCUCUUUCUAGGACCCUUCUUUAUUGUUUGUAAUUUUUCUGAAGAGUCUGAGGGAAAUGUAAAGAUGCAUCUAACUCCUAUUGCUCUGUUUAUGCCAGUUGUGUUCAAUGGAAGCAUGAAGUAAAAUAAAAUAACCUUUUUGCUCUAUGUAUUUCUGUUGCUGAUAAAUGUAUUUAAUUUUUUCUUUUUUACAUGAAAUUAUUUAUGUCUGGAUCACAGAAAAAUUUUCACUUGCUUGAUAUUUGAUUCUUCCAUGAUUUGCUAAGUUCAAAUUCAUUUUCACAACCAUAGUCCUGCUAAACUGCCUUCAUUGGAA